GGCGGGGAGCGGCGGGCGCGGGGCGGGCGCGGGGCCGGAAGGGGCGCGGCCCGGGCCGGGGCUGGGCGCACGUGGGGCCGCGCUGGCCGCUUCGCUCUCCGCUCCCGCCGCGCCCAUGGCCACCGCCGGGACCCUGCUGCACGUCUCGGGGCCUCGGGCCGCCGCGCCCGCCGCCGCCUCCAGCCCGCGGCCCGCAAAGGCCAAGAGGAAGCGCCCCGCGGCGGCCUCUGGGGAGGCUCCGGCCGUGACUCCAGCCGUGAAGCGGAGGAAGAAUGCAGCCUUGCUCAAGGCCCAGAAGGCCGCUGCCGGCCGGGCCCCACGGGCUCUGCGGGGCAAGGCGCCGCGAGCCGCCCCCAAGAAGCCUCCGGCCGGCGCGGGCAACAAGAGCCGAGAGCAGCGGCCGAGCGUCAAGACAUCGUCUCUGUUCAAGAACAACCCGGAGAUCCCCGAGCUCCCCAGGCCGGCCGUGAAGCCGGUGCAGGAGAAGGUCUUCACCUCGGACGCCUUCCAGGACCUGGACCUGCACCCUCACCUGAUCUCCACGAUAAACACGGUGUUAAACAUGUCCAACAUGACCAGCGUGCAGAAGCAGAGCAUCCCUGCGCUGCUGGAGGGCAGAGACGCGCUCGUGCGCUCCCAGACGGGCUCAGGUAAAACCCUGGCCUACUGCAUUCCCGUGGUGCAGUCGCUGCAGGCCAUGAAGGUGAAGAUCCAGCGAGGUGACGGCCCCUAUGCCCUGGUGCUGGUGCCCACAAGAGAGCUGGCUCUGCAGAGCUUUGACACUGUCCAGAAGCUGCUGAAGCCGUUUACCUGGAUCGUGCCCGGCGUGUUGAUGGGUGGAGAGAAGAGGAAGUCGGAGAAGGCCAGAAUCCGCAAAGGGAUAAAUAUCCUCAUCUCCACUCCGGGGCGCCUGGUGGAUCAUAUAAAAUCCACAAAGAACAUUCAGUUCAGCCGGCUGCGGUGGCUGAUUCUGGAUGAGGCUGACAGAAUCCUGGACAUGGGCUUCGAAAAGGCCAUCACGGUCAUCCUCAACGCCCUGGAUGCUGAGUGCCCAAAACGCCAGAAUGUCUUGCUCUCAGCCACACUCUCCGAGGCUGUGACCCGGCUGGCCGACAUCAGCCUGCACGACCCGGUCAGUAUUUCUGUGCUGGACGAGAGCCCCAGUUCGGACAGCUCAGAUGACGACGAUGACGAUGAUGACGACGAUGAUGAUGACGACGACGACGAUGACGACGAUGACGAAGAUUCGGAAGACUCCGGGUCACAGUCUGGCGACGAGCUGGACAGCUUCGUGCUGCCUGAGGGCCUGGAGCAGCACGUGGCCCUGGUGCCCAGCAAGCUGCGCCUGGUGUCCCUGGCGGCCUUCAUCCUGCAGAAGUGCCGGUUUGAGAGCGACCAGAAGCUCAUUGUCUUCCUCUCCAGCUGUGAGCUGGUCGAGUUCCACUACACGCUCUUCGCCCAGACCCUGCUGCGCAGCGCGGAGCUGGCCGCCCCGGGACAGCCACCAUCUGCCCCUGCGCCGUUCAGAUUCCUGCGGCUGCACGGGGGCAUGGAGCAGGAGGAGAGGACGGCGGUGUUCCAUGAGUUCUCGCGCUCCAGAAGCGGCGUUCUCUUCUGCACGGAUAUUGCAGCUCGGGGCCUCGACCUGCCUCAAGUCACAUGGAUCAUUCAGUACAACGCCCCGUCGUCGGCUGCCGAGUACGUGCACCGGGUUGGGAGGACGGCCCGGAUCGGCUGCCGAGGGAGCAGCCUGCUCGUCCUGGCGCCUUCGGAGGCAGAGUAUGUCGGCUCGCUGGCUGCCCACGGCAUCAACCUCUCAGAGAUGAAGGUGGAGGACAUGCUGGCCGUGCUGAUGCGAGAUGACUGCCUGCAGGCCACGCGCUGGGGGGACCAGCACCCCCGUGCCCCGGGCCCCCAGGAAGUCCAGGCACGAGCCACAGUCCUGCAGACGGUGUUCGAGGAUUACGUGCACGCCGACGAGCAGAGGGUCUCCUGGGCAAAGCAAGCGCUGCAGUCCUUCAUCCGGGCCUACGCCACCUACCCGCGCAGCCUGAAGCACAUCUUCCACAUCCGCGCCCUCCACCUCGGCCACGUGGCCAAGAGCUUCGGGCUCAGAGACGCCCCCCAGAACCUCGGCGUUCCGGCCGUGAAGAAGAGGAAGGCGACCCUGAGGAGGUCCAGCCUUGCCAAGAAGACGCCGAGGAAGCAGCGCCUCGCUGAGCUCCUGCGCUCGGAGUACGCCAGCGGCCUGCAGCCGGCAGCCAAGGCCGGAGAGUCCAGCCGGGCGGCAGAGCCCAGGCGCGCCGGCCCCAGCCCUGACAGGGCUGCGGUCUAACCCACCAGUUCUGUG